GCUCACUGCAGUGUUGCCGGCCUCGACGCCGUGCGCCUCGAGGAAGAGUACAGAAAGCGAGUUUUCUACUACGAGGAGCGUGACGGCCCGUUUCCUGUCGCAGGACAAGAAGUUCGACGUGCCGUCAGCGCGCACGCACGCCAUCAGACGCACAGCUACCCUGGAACGCACAAGAUCAACCACGACCUUCCACUACACAACGGCCAAGAGCGGGGUCUAUCCAGCUGCGCUGUGUGCGCCAUGAUAUUCUGGAAGGAAGACCUCGAAGAGUUCGAGCUGUUCGACCCGCGGCCCGCCGAAGGCUCUACAAACGGGCCUCGCCCAGACCUCGACGAGGAUUACGACGGCGAUGAUGGUCAAGUCCAACGCAGCUACGCCCAGGUGCACUCUCGCGCACGCAAACUCAACGACCUCCUCUCAGCAGAUGCCUACAUGGACCGAUGGCGGGCUCCCGAAUCAUCAGGGGGCCACCACACCCUGCCCCGAGCAGAGGUUUACGGCACAAGCGUCGUGCACCCUUGGGCCACGGCUUCCGACGGUACCGCCUGCCGUUGGAUACUGGACACCACAUCGAUCCCUGUCUCCAUGGACGGUGGCCCCGGCCUACUCCGGGACAACACACUGCAGCCGGACUCUGAGGGGCGCUUCCCCUCCAUACCCACGUGCCUUAGCUGCAGGCUCGACCUCUCCAAGAAAACGCCCCUCCUCCCUCGGUACGCUCUGGCUAACGACAACCUCAUCUUGCGAGAACCUGUCGCAUUCCGAAAAAACGGUGCGAAGCUGUCCCCCAUGACGUUCGCCAUGCUCGCCCUCGCCCGCAUGCUCGUUCGGAAAAUAAUCGCCGAGAAGACAAAGAAGGCAGAUCCCCGCACGAAGCAGAAGGGGUUGCGUAGCAAUUCCAUUUGCUUCCCGCAGGCUUACGCCAAAGAGCUCGUGACACAAGCCCUACCUGCCGAACCCGAGGUUUCUCAACAGUUCUUCGCCGACGGCCUCUCCAUCGCACUUGCGGGGGCAUCCGUAGACGACUUGGAUAAAGCUACGUGGGCUGAAGUCCCUCGAGAAGCAUACAUGACGGCAGUGCGUUUCUGCGUGGCGCACUCGGAGGCUUACCACGCACUCGACAUUGACGAGAAUGAAGCCGCACGACGACUCCAAGAAGCAGGACACAGUUGCGCAGAGGUUCUCCAACAAGCCACCCGCGUAGAGGCCACCACACAUACGCCGCACCUCAUCCCUGGACCUGCCACGCUCGACGCACCCGAAAUCCCCGUGCCAGAAAGCAUCAUCACAGAGGACGGGAGAGCCAUGGAAGAUCCUACCGCAAGACCGACGCCCCACGUCGAGCCCGACACCGCACCACCGCCUGUACGCCCAGACACCGCCGACGACCUUCACCCCGACUCCGACGACGUCAACCUCCACUGCGCCGCAACCGACUUCUCCACGGGUGCGCUGGACGCUGACCGAGCAGCUUGCGAGUUCGCCGCCAAGCUGGAGCUCCUAUCCUCCAAACUUUCCACAGAUGCACACACAACCGACGUCGCCACCGAGAUUGAGUCUUUGCAGGCCUUGGCAAAAUACAUGAAUUCUGACGAAUACCGCAAGCAGUUGGACAGCACUUUACAGGCCAUGGAAGCGGCAGAAAGCCGAGAGCCUGGCGCCCGGCAACACCCUGACGGAACUUGGGCCAUUCCUACCGGCAAACGGCCCCUCUCCAUGUACGACAAAGAAUUCUGGCAAAAAGCUUUUCCCCACCUGUUUCCGUACGGGGAUGGCGUCUACGGCAUCGACCGACGCCGCCCGCUGUCUUUCCAGCAAUGGUGUCGCGUGCUCCUGCUACGUGCUGAGCUCCGCUAUCAGGUCCACGAAGCUUUGCCACAUGACUGCCCUCUCAUAAAGCGCGGCGCUCGACCGUGUGCGCAAUGCGCCAGAGCAACCACGCCGUUCGUCCCACCAGCCCAACCACGCUGGGGCGCCGAUCUCGACUUCCUAUGCGUCCUGUACGACUCCUGGCGCAGGAUGGAGCUCACGCGACGAGCCGGGGCCCACGUACGACGAAGAGGUUUCCAAACCAGCGUCAAUCUCGUCUGCCAGGCCACGGGAACCCAACUCCGAUCCGCCUUCGACUCCAUGGGUGAUAGAGCCGGAUUCCGUGAGUGCUUGCUCUCUGACAACGCUCCCGCCUCGUUGCGGGAGGCCGUGCGCAACCUCCUCUUCUUCAGCAGCGACGUUGUCGGUUCCGAGGGUGCUCGUCAACAGCUUCGCCACGAGCAGAUGGGGGACAUGCUCCGAUUCGGUGGCAUAGGUGGCUUCCUCACCCCGAACGUUGCAGACACCCGGAACCCUUUAGUGGUGAUCCUGCAUGCCGGUUCCCUCAACCACACCAGCGGAGGACUCGAUGACGACGGCGCCACGGAAAGGUACUCCAUCUCUCUCCUCGACGAGAACCCAACGAUGCCAACAGCGCAAAGGCGCGAUCGACUCUGCAACGUUGGCAGCGCGCUGUGCUCCAAGCCGUCGAGGUGGCAGCGCGAGGACAAGUUCGACGGCGACCUCGAGGGCGACCGCAAGGGCCCUACCAGGUCUCAGGUCUUCGCGACCGCCACCCACGACGAUGCGACUACGCGGGCCGAGGCUGCGGCUUACGCGGCUGCAUUCGCAGAAGAUCACUGGGACAUCAGCAGCCUCAGCGGCCACAUCCAUCAGCACCAUGACACAUGCUUCAAGUACAUGGAGGAUGGCAUCUCUCGCAAGCCUCAACACUGCCGUUUCGGAUUCGUGCACUUCGUCAGACUCUGGCUGCCGUCCACCACCGACAGCCCAGGUCAAGGUGAAGCCAAGGAGCGGAUUGUAGAACGGCUACUGGCCCGCGUGGGAAAGGAACCACUGCUGCCACGAAUACGUGGCCAGCCUCCUGUAGACACCCAGUCCAUGCCUAUCCUGGCCGACACUCGAUUGUUCACCGAUGGCUCCCUUGGUGCCAGCGUCGAGACCGACGACAGGCAGGCACGCCGUGGGCGCAUCAAUACAGUGCGGUUCAACCCCAGAGAGGGCAGCACGACAAUGGCAGGAAAGGUUGCGCACAGAGGGAAUUUGGAUUACCAGGAUUGUCGCCGCACCCUCACGGACGGGUAUGAGUACGACAACUCCGAGGCACUGGCUAUGCGCACCAACCUCGUUUACUCAGUGGUCGAGUCCAUCCGCAGUGGGAUCCAGACGAGCUUCUACACUUGCGACUACAACACGAAGCCGAACAUGACAUGUGUGCCUCUUCUGCAGCAUCUCACGCACGGCAUGGAACAGCUCGAGGCACAGAUGAAAAAAGAGCACGACACCGCAGCUAUGAAAGCUUACCUCCAGAAGGGUGCCGUCCACAACGCAGACUGCAGACCUGGCGCUCUGGUGGGCACCGCACACGCAGACCCGACGUGUCCCCCGACCGCGGCCACCUUCACCACCCCAGCGGAAGACCCCGCAGUGCGCCUGUCCACGGAUGCGUUCUACGAUGAUUGGUUGCACCGAGGCUUCCUCCGGCCGUUCCCACCCGACGUCGCUCGGAGGAUUCUCGGCUUCGUCUCCGACGUCAUCGACUACAACGCCGAAGCCUUACGAUUAGGCAAUACCCCCGGCCUCGACAACACUCGCGCACAGGUAGCUGACCCCACCCAGGACGCAGCAAGCACUGCACCCUUCACCUCUUUCGGCGUGCACGACGAACAACUUACUCCGAAAGAGUUCUUCGCGCUAAUUACGGUCGAGAGCAGCGCUAACUGGAACUUCAUGGCCGAGGCCCGAAAACGGCCACGGCCUGCACUAUUGCAUAAAGGAGCUUUCGUUGAUGAUGACGCGCACCUUGGCUUGCAGGCCGCCAGGGCUGACGUGGGCGACAUCGGAGACCCCGCUGGCGCAGACCCCGAAUGCGACGACGGCACCGAGCGCGACACCCCAACCGGUGUCCAAUACAAACCACACGUGCGUGUACGUGACUCCGACGUGCUGGACGUCGUGCACCGACAUCUCUCUGCUGGAAAAUUGGACAAACGGUCGGGCGACAGAUUUCUUCGCAUCCAGGAGUUCCUCAACGCAAAGGCCCACCUCUACGAGCACCUCCGCGAGCCUCGACAAGCCCAGGAGAAAAUGCAACACCUUUGGGGCCACCUCGUAUUGGCCAUGAUCGACGAGGCGAGCUUAGCUGACCCUCAACUGUUGACUGUCCUUAACGCAAGAGCGAAUUGGGGACGCCACGGCUCCCACAACCUUGACCCUACGUCGUUCACGGAAACAACUUUCGGGAACAUACUCGCGCAGAUCGUCAUGGGGGACUUCAUGCAACUGAACCCCGUCCGAACGCAUUCGCUACUGCAGACAUUUCUGCGCGGCACUGCAAUACACAUGCCCCGCGCUCCCACUUACGACGGCAUGGACAAAGACCAGCGCAUUGAGAAGGAGCGUCUCGACAAAGAAGGCUGGGACAUCUUUGAUAGGCUCUCGGAGCCAGUUAUCCUCUUCCACGGGUGCCACCGUUUCGUGCCAGGGGAUCCCUUACCAGAAAUCUUCAAGAUCAUGCGCACACCUGGGGGGCAAAAACUGCCGCCCUCCCUGAAAGAGCAACUCGCCGCUCGAUGCGUAUUGCAUCGCGACGUCGACCAGCGUGCCGACCCGUCCUACAUUCUGCACGACCAGUCCGGCGCUCCCACUGCCAUGCCUGGCUUCUUCGCCCAAGGGUACCACUCCGCCAUCAACUGGGAGACCGUUGGAGCGCUCUGGCUGCCCGCCGUCAGCGACCGCGUACAUCGCUACCUCCAGCCUUGCGGACAGCUACUCUAUUACGUCCAAGCUGUCGACAUCCCGCACCAGGCCGUUUACAGGUCACGUCCAGACAUGUACACGGACGCACUCCAAGUGGCAAACAUGAGCUCCAAGACUCCAGGUUGGGUCCUCCUGGACCGCUUGCCGCGUCAUGUGGAGUUCCGCGCUGACGACGCCACAGAGGAUUACACCGGUCUGAACAAGCCUGGCGUGUG